UUAACCUCAUCAAGCCUAAAGGCCAUACUACCAACUACCAAAACCAACUUCCUUUCUCAUCAGAGAAGCUCCACAGCUGGAGUUGAUUGAUGAUCCCUUUUAAGAAGGUCUAUCAAAUUCUAAUCCCCUUCCCCUGUAAUAAUCAGUUCUCUCUAGUUUACAAUACAGGGAGGCGAAUUGGUCACCAGUAAAACAUAGGAAGGUCGUCUGCCAGAAUGAAUAAGGGAAAGGCGAUUCUCGCUCCGUCGGAAAUCCCACCGGUGGAGGAAUUUAUUGCCAACAACGUCGAUCUCCUUACAGAAAUCCUUGCACGUUUGCCGGCAAAAUCCAUGGCCCGAUUCAAGUGCGUGUCCAAGGACUGGCUCUCUCUCCUCUCCUCGAUCUUAGGUAUGGUUCUGUACAAACAGCUAUGGAAGGCCUGUGCUGGUCCAUUGGUGGACGUUCCAAGGGUUGGGGAAAGAGUGUUCUAUUUUCCCCAAGGGCAUAUGGAACAAUUGGAUGCAUCAGCAAAUCAGGAACUGAAUCAGAGAGCUCCGCUCUUCAAUCUUCCCUCAAAGAUCCUAUGUAGUGUUAUGGACAUUCAGCUUCGGGCUGAACAAGACACUGAUGAGGUUUAUGCUCGAAUUACUUUAGUGCCAGAGCAAGAUCAAAGUGAACCAACAAGCCCUGAUUCGUACUGUCCGGAACCUCUGUCGCCAAUAGUUUAUUCAUUCUGCAAGGCUUUAACUGCCUCUGAUACUAGCACUCAUGGUGGAUUUUCUGUUCUUCGAAGGCACGCCAAUGAAUGCUUCCCUGCACUGGAUAUUAAUCAGCCAACAUCUUCGCAGCAACUGAUAGCCAAGGAUCUUCAUGGCAGGGAAUGGCCAUUUAGGCAUAUUUUUCGGGGACAACCCAGGAGGCAUUUGCUUACAACAGGAUGGAGUACAUUUGUUACAUCAAAAAGACUAGUUGCUGGGGAUAGUGUCAUGUUCCUGAGGGGAGAGAAUGGAGAACUAAGAAUCGGUGUUCGGCGUGCUGCUCGUCAACAGUGCCCUAUGCUAACAUCAGUAAUUUCAACUCAGAGCAUGCACCUACGAGAUCUAGCUGCUGCAUCUCAUGCUGUGGCUACCCGCACCCUCUUUGUUGUCUCCAACAAGCCGAGGAUGAGUCAAUUCAUUGUAGGCUUGAACAAGUACCUGGAAGCUGUCAACAAAUGUUUCAGAGUUGGCAGGAGAUUCAAGAUGAGAUUUGCGGGGGAGGAUUGUUCUUUGGAAAUAUUUACAGGCACCAUAGUGGGGGUUGAGGAUCUUUCUGCCCAUUGGGAAAAUUCGAAAUGGCGGUCUCUGAGGGUUCAAUGGGAUGAAGCUGCAUCCAUUCCAAGGCCCGAAAGGGUUUCCCCUUGGGAGAUUGAACCUAUAACACUGUUAUUUGGUGUUGAAUUGAGAAAUCCCCCGAAAGCCUGAUAGGGCUUCUCUUUGGGAGAUUGAACCCUUUGUGCCGACGAUUAGAAGGCCGAGGGUGAGGAGUUGGCAGCACGGUUGCUUGAAGGUUCUUUGAAGGUGGAGAACGGAUGAAAACAAUAGCCAAUCAGCUCAUUAUGCAAAGACUGUUUUUAGGAUUAGAAUCUGUGUACAUAUUUAGCAUAUUCCUGGUGAUCAAAAUCGUUGAGACCGUAGGACUUCGUCUCGGUGCUGUAUUUCGCGGACAGGGCCCUUUGCCAACUAUGUACCUAAGUGGUGCUCUGGUGACGACCUGCUCUCCCGAGUAGUAGCUAUGGCUCAACCGGGCAUUCCACAACGGUCAGGGAGCCCCUAUGGUCACGCCUAGGGGGGCUGCUAUGCUGGUUGCCCCCUCUCACCCUUUUACGGUUCAAAAAAAAGUCGCUGAGACCUUUUUGCCCUUUUUUUUUUUCUUUGCUGUACCGUACGUAGUAAGGACUUGUUUCCGUUGUUUGUUUUUAGAGUUUUAUGACUUGAAUUUCUCUACAUGAAGGUCUUGGUUAAAGGCUUUGUUUGGGUCAAA